AAAGGACGUGUUUUCCGUCUGAAAAGAGAAAAAAAAACUGUGUGCCAUUCUCUUCAGCAUUGGCUAUCAAUUCAUUCUCUCCAAGCCAUUAUGCAUCUUUCGUCGUUGCUGGUUGCGCUUAGCUGCUAUGGCAGUGCUCUUGCAGCGCCGUUGGAGCAACAAGUACCAUUGCCUGGCAAUGCAGGACACCAUGCUGGGCCUCACAAGAUAACCAACCCGUACAGGCCGGGUGUGAGUGAUCCUUAUGACAGGAAAGUCGAUUCUCAGGGCGACAAGCUUCAGCCGCUGCCAUACCGAAAUGACGACGGAGCAAGCGUGCUAGGCCCUCGCAACCGCGCCCGUGAACGCCAGAACCCCGAUCUCAUCCGUCCUCCCAGCACUGACCAUGGCGCGAUCCCCAAUAUGCGCUGGUCCUUUGCUGACUCCCAUAUCCGCAUCGAGGAAGGCGGUUGGACGCGAGAGACGACUGUCCGCGAGCUUGGUACCAGUAAGGAGCUCGCCGGUGUCAACAUGCGUCUUGAAGAAGGCGUCAUCCGCGAGCUCCACUGGCACAAGGAAGCCGAAUGGGCCUACGUGCUCGAGGGCAAAGUCCGCAUCACCGCUCUCGACACCGAAGGCGGCAGCUUCGUCGACGACCUCGAGAAAGGCGACCUAUGGUAUUUUCCAUCUGGCCACCCUCACUCCCUCCAAGGUCUCAGCCCCAACGGCACUGAAUUUCUCCUCGUCUUCGACGACGGCAACUUUUCUGAAGAUUCCACGUUCUUGCUCACAGACUGGAUGCGCCUAACCCCCAAGUCCGUUCUGGGUGAGAACUUCCGCGUCGCCCCCGAAGUCUUCAAAGCCAUCCCAGACAAGGAAAAAUACAUCUUCAAGGGCUCCGAGCCCGGUCCCAUCGACAAGGAGGUCCCAAGCGACAGCAAGGGCUACAAGAAAUCCAAACUCCAAUUCACCCACAAGAUGCUUGCUCAGGAGCCCGUCAACACGACUGGCGGCCAAGUCCGCAUCACGGAUUCAACGAACUUCCCCAUUUCCAAGACGGUGGCUGCAGCCCACCUGCGAAUCCAACCUGGAGCGAUUCGCGAAAUGCACUGGCAUCCCAACGCAGACGAAUGGUCCUUCUUCAUCGCCGGCCGCGCCCGCGUCACUAUCUUCGCCGCCAAAGGCACCGCGCGCACCUUCGACUUCCAAGCCGGCGACGUCGGCGUCAUCCCACGCAACAUGGGCCACUUCAUCGAGAACCUGUCGGACGAGGAGGACGUCGAGGUGCUCGAGAUCUUCCGUGCCGACAAGUUCCAGGACUUUAGCUUGUUCCAGUGGCUUGGAGAGACGCCGCAGAGACUGGUUAAGGAGCAUUUGUUUGAGAGUAGUCCGAAGGAGGCGGAGGAGUUUGAGAGGGCGAUUAAGGAUGCGGAGAGGGAUUCGAUUAAGGAUGUUGAUCUUGAUGAUGAUGAGGACAAAGAGGAGUUGUGAGCAUGUUGGUGGUGCUUGGAUAGUUUGUACGCUACAAGGAAGUAAGGGUUUAGUAGGAUAUGGUUGACAUGGUUGACCUUUUUGAGAUUGAUGUUUGAGCGCGGAACAUACAACUUUACGUAUUGUUAUUUCAUUUUUUGGGUGGGGGAUUUCGUAAUGUAUAUACAGUUUUCAGGGUUCAAUUUACCUGAAAGAUUGUUGUUUACGUUCGCACUACUAUCAAUAACAUGUACAAAGCCCACAGCCAGAUGCGCGAUAUU